AUGAGCUCAGUGAAUUUAUCGGUGUUCGCUCAUGACGCGGCCGUUUGCAAACGCAACUCCAACUUAAUAUUCGGAAUUAGCUAUUCUUUAAUAGAAAAUUCGCUUGUUUCAGGCGCAUGCGACGUGGCGGGCGGGGCGGGGUCAGUGAACUCGCUGCCGGGCGGGGGUAGCGCGCGCCUCGUGCCCACCUUCGACGCGGCCACGCCGCGCAACGUCACCGCGCUCGUCGGCAAAUCCGCGUACCUCAGCUGCCGCGUGCGCAACCUCGGCAACAGAACGGUGUCAUGGAUCCGGCACCGCGACCUGCACAUCCUGACGGUGGGCGGCUACACAUACACGUCGGACCAGCGCUUCCAGGCAACGCACUCACCGCACACCGACGACUGGACGCUGCAGGUGAAGUGGGCGCAGCAACGCGACGCCGGCGUGUACGAGUGCCAGGUCUCCACGCAGCCCGUGCGAUCCUUCUUCGUCACGUUGCACGUCGUAGAUUGUGACGAGAUUUAUCAGAGGAUGUUUUCCGACGCAGUGCCGUCGGCGCGCAUCCUGGGCGGGCCGGACCUGCACGUCGACAUCGGCUCCACCAUCAACCUCACCUGCCUCAUCCAGUUCAGUCCCGAGCCGCCCGCAUACAUAUUCUGGUACCACGAGGACGAGGUGAGCGGACGCAAACAGGUCAUAUCGUACGACUCUUCGCGCGGCGGCGUGUCCGUGGUGACGGAGAAGGGCGCGGCCACGACGUCGUACCUGUUGGUGCAGGACGCGGCGCCGGCCGACUCCGGCCGCUACUCCUGCUCGCCCUCCAACGCCGAGGUCGCCUCCGUCAGAGUCCACGUGCUCAACGGCGAGCGGCCGGCGGCUAUGCAGACGGGCUCGGCGGGCCUGUCGGACAGCUGGGGCUGCUUGGCGGUGCUGCUGGCGGCCGCAGCGCUGCACGCCCGCCUGCUGCGCGCCGCGCUCGCCAGCUGAUCGCGCGCCCGACCCCGCGCCUCACCCCGCCCCGCGCGCAACUCGCAACCUUGUUGUAUCGUAACUAAUGUUACUGGAAACGAAAACUUAGUUAAUUCUAAAUUAUAAGUACCUUAAUAAUUUCGAAUAGGGAUUUCUAAAUACUCUUAAGGUUUUUAUGAGACGAUUACUAGUAGCGUUCGAAUGACCCGAGCUUCGUGAAUUAAAAUGAUGGAUUUGACGAGUUUAUCGAGAUUUUUUAAUUUUAUAUUAUAACAGCACAUGAGUGCUUACGUUUUGGUAAAAACACUUUUACCUACAUAAAUACUUAAAGAAUAAUUCAAAGUUGGCAAUAAAUUGUAAUUGUAUUGAUUUAAAGUCUUACAAACUUUAUUUAUUUAAUGUUAACUAGCGACUUGUAUGUGUUGUGUUGUCUUAGUGUUGUUCCUGAUACAACUGCAGCUCGGUGACAAUUUGAAAUACGAGUAUGUAUUAUAUGUUGUGCAAUAAUACUGAUUAUAAUUACAAGCAACGUCUCGGGUCUUACUUCAAAAAAUCAUCUAAUUCGUUGCUCCCGCGACUGUAAAUAUUAUUAUUAUUAUUAUUGAGGAAGGGAAUCAUGUAAUUAAUUUAAUAAAAUAAUGUAACUUAUUCAAUAAAUGGGUGAAGGGAGGAAGUCGCGUCGCGGCGAUUGGACGCGGUGAUGGCGAUGCUGACGGACGGAAUAUUUCAUAGUUAAACUAUUACUAUAUAAGUAAGUAAGCACACGUUACAAGUUAAGGCUCUCGAUGUUUUUGUGUUGAGUCAACACAUUAAAAGAAGGCUCGCGACUCUGCGUUUCAAAGAAGGCAACACUAAAAUAUUUUGUGCACGAAAUGACAUUACAUUCUUGAACAAUAUUUGUGACACAAAAUACAUUGUAAUUAAAAUUUGAAAAUAAAGGGCUAAUGUUAUAGUUUUGAUUGUUGAACACAUGAUGAAAUAUAAUUUUAAUAAAUAGUAAAACAAGGGAGGACGCGGACACGGCAAGUGGAAAUUUCAUUGUUUUUAUUUAAAAAUUUAAUUGUUGAUAAUUUAUAAUCUUUCAAUUCGUCCUCCUUCUCAGUGUUUUACUAUUAUUCAUGAGAAUGUUUUCAUUGUUUUUAAGAAAUUACGAAUUGUUGAAUAUUUAGUUGAAUGCUUGUGUACACUGCGUUAAAUGUAAUAUACUCGUAAGUAUAGACAUGUAUGUAACUCGUGAAACUCUUCCACAGUGUUGUUCAGAAAAUUAUUAACAACAUUUCAGACUACAUUUUUGUAAAAAAAAAAUAGAAAGUUACUCUAUCACACUUCUUUUCCUUGUCAUAUUGAUGGCAGAAAAAAUAUUGUGUUGUCUGUGAGUGUAUCUAGUCUUUGAAGAAACAUCAAAGACUUUGUAAGAGACUGUCGGGGAUCAGCGGAAUUGUUGUAAAAGUUUUAUAAAUUUUAAUUAUAUACAUACUUAUAGUGAAGUUGCAUUGUAAAAUUAUAUUUAUUUUAACAAAUAUAUUAUAUCAUUUUUGUUACAAAAGGAGUCAAUUUCUUUUGGGAGCACACAGUAUGGUGACGUAUACAAAUCAAGUAUAAAUAAUGAAAAAAACUCAAUUUCUUGUUAUAGAAGUCAUUUUUUGUUUGUAAAAUCUAAAUACAAUGAUGCGAGUGUAAACAAGUAGACGAUUUCUUGAUUCACAUUGUGCUUCAAUAGUUUUAGAUGUUUCUAAUAACCUGAAAAUGUACGAUAAUUUUGUCCUAUUCUCAUCAUAUUCCUUUUGUACUCGCAUAGGAAGUUAUUAUAUUAUAUUUUAAGAGAUUGUAAGAAACACAUGAACAUAUGUUUCUUACUGGUCACCAUUCUCCACUGGUCGGUGAAUCUCAAACAAAAGAAAUUGUCUCCUUUCGUUUGCUGAAUUGCUGUUUUAAAAAGUAAAUAAAGUGAGGAAACACUACAAAAUGGUGGAUAAAAGGUACAUCAAUAAAAUUAAUCAAUGCGAUUUCUUAUUUACAAAUAUUACAAAGUCCACAUUGCUCUCUUCCAUUUACAUUGAAACAUAAAAUAACAUGAAACUAGUAUUUAUAAUAAUAUUUGUUCAAGAACAGUGUUGCAACAGUUUUGACAUAUAACAGUGACAAGAGUUAAUUACUAUUCUAUUCUAGUAAUAACACAUAGAUAAGCAGCGGCGCUCCAUCGUGUCGACGAUUUUAAAUAUGUUGAAAAUAUUUGUGAAUUAAAAUGUCUAUAUCCUCCUCACAACUCCUCAUAACAGACAGACAAAUAUGUAAAUGUUAAUUACUAUAAAUAUUGGAAGGAGAACAUUUUGUAUAGAGAUCACUAAGAUACCAUGUAAAUAUAAAUUAAUAGAUAAAGUUAUCAAUAAAAUGUCACUAUGUAUGUAUGUGUAUGUGUGUGUGGCUGCACA